AUGGCCCCACCGUGGUCCGCCCCGCGCCAGCUCCUCCUCCACCGCCUCCCCGACGCGCUCGCGCACUUCAGCCUCCUCCUGGACGAGGUCCUGCGGCUGGUGAACGCGGUGCAUCAUCGGGAGGGCUUGAUCAACAAGUCUGUUGUCGCGGCGAUGGUUGCCGACGGUCUGUGUCGGGAGCGCAGGAUAGAGGAUGCUUGGCGGGCUUUGGAGGAUAUGAGGUUACGUGGAUGGAAGCCGGAUUUUGUGGCGUACAGGAUUGUGUCCGAGGGGUUCAGGUUAGCUGAAAGGGCAGAGGAGGAAGGGAGGAUCUUGAAGCAGAAGAGGAAGCUCGGUGUUGCACCAAGGAAGGUGGACUACAGAGAGGUUUUGCUUGCGCUGGUGUCUGGCAGGCAGAUUUCUGACGCGAAGGAGAUGGCCGAGGCGAUUGUAUUAGGCGAUUUCCCAAUUGAUGACGACGUGUUGAAUCUCUUGGUGUGUUCGGUGUCCGAGGUUGAUGCUGAUGCUGCCAUUAUGUUCUGCAAGUUCAUGAUAGGGAAGGAGAGAUUGCCAAGUAUACAGAUGCUCGUACAACUUUGCGAGAGCCUUUGCAAGAAUGGCAAGGGCAAUGAGAUGUGGGAAAUGUUUAGAGUGCUUUUGGAUAAGGGCUAUUGCACGAGUGAGAGGGAGUAUCAUUUGGUGGUGUCAUUCUUGGGCAAGGCAGGGAAGGUCAGAGAGGCAUAUGAUGUGAUAAAGGAGAUAAAAAGGAAGAGGCUCGAUCCUGGCAUUUCAUCAUACAAUUCUCUCAUGGUAGCACUCUGCAGAAAUGACCUCCUUAGGCCUGCUAAGAAGUUGUGGGAUGAGAUGUUCACCAGUGGGUCUAGUCCAAAUCUGCAGACCUACAAUAUACUUAUAACAAAAUUUGCAGAAAUUGGUGAAAGUGAACAAGUCCAACAGCUGUUUGAUCACAUGGUCCAGAAAGGAGUGACCCCAGAUAGUACAACAUACACAUCAGUCAUUACUAUGUUGUGCCAAGAAAACAAAUAUGAACAGGCUGAGGAAAUCUUCAACAAAUCUGUAGCGCAGGAUCCUAAACUAGCUAGUUCAGUGUUAACUGUGUUUAUCAUUGCACUCUGUAAACAAGGUGGCUUCAAAACAGCAUUGGGUGUUAUGUCAAGUCUUCCAUCCAAUAUUGAGAGCUCGAAUUCACAUGUUAUUCUGUUGAAGUGCCUAACAGAUGUUGAGGAAAUUGAAAUGGCUUCUGAACACAUAAAGUGGAUUAGACGCUACUGCAGCUCUGCUUUUCAGAAUAUAAUGAAUGAACUCGUGGCUUCUCUUUCCACUUCUGCUAGCCUUCAACCUGUCAGGAAAUUGGUCUGUUAUUUACAUUCUCAGGGGCUUGUUAAUGAAGUUGGCCCAUGGAUGAAGUUGAUAGAAGAUGAUUAUGCUUGA